CACUCGAACUAUUGAUUUGGAGUAUUUACGUGUUUGAAUGACGAGUUUGAUUUUGGCUCAAACACUAGUAUUGUAAACCAUUUUACCACUUGUUAGAAACUUGAUAACAUUAGACUAAAGGAUUUCUCAAUUUGAAAUACUAUUGAGUGAGGCGAUCGGAUUGAUUACGCUAGUGCAAUGUUGCUGAUGAGCAGUAGAAGUAAAAGACCGUGUGUCUUGCUCCAUAUAUUCUUUGUUAUUUCAGUGGUUUGUCAGUGGUCGACGAAAGCAGACGACUACGAGUGUAAGACAGACGAAGUAAAAUUUAAGUGUCAGGGAGAUGGAAAAUGCAUUCCAAAGAAUUGGGAAUGUGAUCGGGAAGAUGACUGUCUCGACGGCUCAGACGAGAAGAACUGUGAUGUUUGUGGUGAGAAUGAAUUUUCUUGUAAUGGGACAUGUAUAUCAAGACAGUGGGUGUGUGAUGGUGUACCAGAUUGUAAAGAUAAAAUUGACGAGUCACCAGAAGUUUGUGCAAAUGUGUCAUGUGAGUUCAAAUGUCACAAAAGCAAAGACUGUAUUUUGAAGUCAUGGGUUUGUGAUCAUGAUUUAGACUGUGCAGAUGGAAGUGAUGAGAAAAAUUGUUCUGUAAAUCCAUGUCCAUCAAACAGAUUCCAAUGCACAAAUAACAAAUGUAUUGACAUAAAUUGGAAAUGUGAUCAUGAUAAUGACUGUGGUGAUAAUUCUGAUGAAAAGGGUUGCUCCUUCCGUGAAUGUGAUACAAGGUUUGAAUGGAAAUGUAAAAAUGAAAGGUGUAUCUUAAAAGAAGCACUUUGUGAUAAUCAUUAUGAUUGUGAUGAUAACAGUGAUGAGUCACCUAAUUGCACUUUGACUACUAAACAUAUAAGAAAAUGUCCCGGUGAUCGUUUUCUUUGCAAAGAUGGAAGUUGUCUUCCAAACGAGUGGGUUUGUGAUGGUGAUGUAGAUUGUCCAUUUGAAGAUGAUGAAUUCAAUUGCAAAACUUGUCCUGAUGGUCAAAUAAGCUGUAAAAGUGAAAGAAACCAAUGUAUUCCAAAGUCUUUCAAGUGCAAUGGGAAACAAGACUGUGAUAAUGGUUCUGAUGAAAACAAUUGUGAUUCUACAUGCAAGGAAAAUGAAUUUGAAUGUGAAAAGACAAAAAAAUGUCUCCCUGAUUCAUUGGUGUGUAAUAAUCAAAACGACUGUGGUGAUAAUACUGACGAGGGGAAACUCUGUGAUGUAAAUGAAUGUUCAAAAAACAAUGGUGGAUGUCAGCACAGAUGUGAAGAUAAAAAGAUUGGCUAUCGCUGUCUUUGUAAGGCUGGAUAUAAAGUUGGGGAUGAUGAAAAAACUUGUCAAAAAAUAAAUGUGUGUGAAGAAUUUGGAAAGUGCAGUCAAAUUUGUGAGCCUUUACAAGGUGAUAGGUACAAAUGCAGUUGUGUAGCCGGUUAUCAUUUGGAAACAAAGGAUCACAGGACAUGUAAAGCUAGAGAACGUCAGCCAUACCUGGUAUUUUCUGAUCAUUAUUCAAUCCGAAAACUGAUGCUUCACAACUCUGAAUUCUUCGGUAUUGUUCCCCACUUGGCCGGGACGAUUGCCGUGGAUUAUCAUUUUGGUGAGGAUUUAAUGUACUGGACGGAUGGCAAGAAUACAUCAAUUCAACGUACAACUUUAAAUGGAGAUACGAAAAUUAGGAAAGAAACAAUCAUCACGGAUGUUAAGGCGCCUGAUGGCAUCGCUGUUGACUGGGUUACUGGGAAAUUAUACUGGACUGAUGCUUGGAAAAAAACGAUUGAAGUUGCCAGCUUGCGCGGAGAACAUCGACGUGCCUUGAUCACAACUGAUAUUGAUAUGCCUAGAGCUAUAGUACUACAUCCUAACUUUGGAGAAAUGUUUUGGACGGAUUGGGGGAAGAAUCCGAAGAUUGAGAAAUGCGGAAUGAAUGGCGAUCCAGCAAGUCGAAGAGCAAUAAUAACAACACGGAUACUGUGGCCUAAUGCUCUUACUAUUGACUAUACCAUUGACAGUAUUUGGUGGGUAGACGCCAAGCUUGAUCUCAUAGAACAUUGUGAUCUGAAUGGCUCGAAUAGACGUGUUAUUUUAGCUGAAAGGAUAUUUCAUCCAUUCUCAAUCUCCGUAUUCGAGGACAACGUUUACUGGAGUGAUUGGUACAAAACUGCAAUAUACAAGGCUAAUAAAUUUACCGGGAAGAAUGUUACGGUUUUACGAGAAGGUUUGGUGCAUACCAUGGGAAUAAGCAUGAUUCAUCCUCAGAGACAACCAGCGUCGUUCAACUUUUGCCAAGAUUCUAACGGUGGUUGCAGUCAUUUGUGCUUAUUAUCUGCUCAACGUCGUAAGUCACAACGCUAUACCUGUGCUUGCCCCGAAGGAAUGUUCCUGUUGGCCGAUAACAAAAGUUGUAAUGUUUCAGGGUACACAUGUAAGAAGGGAGGCUGUAACAAUGGUACAUGCGUUUUUCAACAUUUUGCUCGUGGUCCACACUGUGUUUGCAAGGAAGGCUAUUCUGGGGUUCGAUGUGAGAAUGAAAUAAAAGAAUCAAUAAUCGGGAAAACCAACAAAAAUCUUUCAAACGCUGUUACUAUUGGAAUAAGCGUGGGAGUUGUUGCAAUGAUCUUCAUCAUUUUCGGAAUGGUCGGCUUUAUCUUUUAUAAAAGAAUUCAAAAGAGACACAAUGCUGGCUUGACGUUUGCGAACCCAGUUUAUACACCUACGACGAAACCCUUAGAUGAAUAUGAUGGAGGAAUGGUUAAACUUUUUGGUUUCCUAGAAAAAACUAGAAAAAAACCCCAGAAGGAGCCGUUUUCAAAAGACCCCGAUCCGAUUGAUUUAUGAGUUCAAUAAAUCAAAAAUUUUAUACAAGACACAAUGGUACACAUGUAGAACUAUUAGGUGAACUCAAUCAAUUCUUAAAAGGGUACAUUGUUUUCAAUGUUUUUGUUAGACUUAUGUACGCUUUAAGGACCAAACAUCAUGAACAACAAACAAGUAACGUGCUUCGAAUGAAAAGGUGCAAUCAUUGUCUCACGGUGCUGGCCACUUCCAAACAAGCAACGAUCCGAAUUUCUAUCAGAAUUGUAAAUAUAAUAUAAUAUAGGUUCCCGUAUCGUCAUUUAGAAACGUGGUAAGCAGUCAUAACCUGACUCCGCGAACAUAAUUUCACUUGCAAUGAUAUAGUUAUAACCAGUCAUCCCAUAUUGUUGUUCAGUGAAAAGUCAUCAAAAAAUGAAUGAAGAGAAUGGACAAACUGUUAAUAGGUUGUAUAAAGUAACAGAAAAGUUGUUCUCAAUUCUGUUGCUACCAAUUUAUGAAAUUUUAAAACAUACCAUAGAGGCCAUCAUGUCCUCGAUCAUGUCCAACUAAAUAAAUUAAAUAUGAUACUUAUCCGGACGACUUAUCGGCGUUUACAUUGGGGACCAUCGUAUAUCGUAUAUUGUAUAUAAAUGAAUUCAACCAAGACUUAACCGUGGUUACGUUAUUCAGGAAGAAAACAUGAAUUGUGUAUAUAUUUUCAUACAUAGUUAUAGUUAAUUGCUUAUGUAAAUAUGAUGUAAAAACUAAUUAAUUACCUAAAGUAAUUGAGUUGCAUACAGUAUGUUAGAAACUUGUAACUUUCAAAUGAAUAUCUUUUGGCGAAUCUCAUAACCGUAAUUAUAAAGAUUGAAAUAUAAAAUGUAUGGUGUAUAUAGAU